AUGUUCGUUCACCUUUCCGAUGGGGACGACAUGGUGAAGCGGUAUAUUGACCUGAACGAGACGUACGACAUUGCUAAAGCGUUGAAACAGAACUUUGUGUGUGUGACACAGCACGAGGUGGUCGUGGAAGAGCUUCAGGAGGUUCAGCGUCCGCUGUUUACUAUUUAUGACUCGGGAGAGAUCAAGGGUACGUUUGUGGAUGGCUCACGGGAGGAAUUUGAAGAGUUCCUUCGAAACUACGUUCCACAACUCCCAGAGAAGCACAGCAGGGAGGCUAGGCUGCUGAAAAGACUUUCAGAAAGAGAAGAGGACCUUUCCAGAAUACGAGCACAGAUCGAGGCCGAUAAGAAGGAGAGAGUAUCGCAGAGGAGGUAUUCCAUGGAGAAGAAUGCUGUAAAACCGCCAAAAAGACAAAAGUCGCCGGUUUCAGACACUCAGUGUAAGCUUUCCAUUCGUCUUUUGGAUGGCGAGACCGUUCAGGGCACGUUUAGUUCGUCGCAAACGCUUCGUGACGUCAAGAGAUGGAUCGAAAGAGAAAGAGGGUUGGUUCUUUCGCCGGAGAGAGACGACGCCUUGCCUUCGUUUGCACAUACAUCCGCUUUGGCCUUGAACCACUACGCCUUCUGCUACCUUGGAGUACCUAGGGUGACGUUUUCUGUCGGUCAGGAACUUACGAAGCUCGGAGACCUCGGGUUGAGCCCUCGUCUGGCGCUUAUAUUGAAACCAGUUCAGGGUGAUUCCAAAAGCCUGCCUGGCUUGUGGGCUUCGCUUACUGGCAAGGCAAAGUAUGUUACCAGUGCAUUGUAUACCUUCUUUGACUAUGGUCUUGAGGAUGCUGAGCGUGACUUUUCCGAUGCUGUCGAUGAUGCCCAACCGGCAUUCGUCGUUCCCGAGAAACCCGAAGAGAUUGAAGAAGAAGUCAAGGCCAAGCAGAAGACUGUUUCGGCCACGGGGUCCGCCAGAAUGUCUCCAGUGUCUGGCAGAGGCAACCAACUGCACGUUUUGCAUGACCGAGAGGCCCUUGAACAGCGUCAGUGA